GGAUAUCAAACGGUUAAUCCCUUACAGCAUCAACGCGAGGCAUCAACGCGGGUGAAGAGACGUGACACAGACACACUGAUAGGUUUCAAAGGACAAUUGUGUAAACAAGUGCACAGGCCAUCUUUUCACAAUGGAGUUGUUCAUAUGACUGUCAUGUGGUUAAGGUCGUAUCAUCCAGAGACGAGGAAACUAAUCAUGUAUAGAAAGCAUCUAAUGUUUGUAUGGACAAACGUCACGAGGUGCCUCAAAUCAAACGCAGCAGUACACACCAGACAUUGUAUUUCAGGUUAACUGUCCUGCUACCAGUCAAGCUGACACAUCUUAGUGAGGUGACAUAACAUUGCUGUACAUUAAGCAGUGAUUGUGUCUCUUCACACGUCUACACGAUGCCUACGACACGAUCGGGGGAAAAAAGAAGUUGUGGAAAUACUGGAGGAUCAAACGUAGUGAAAACGAAGAAGUCACAGGAACCAUACCAAGGUCAAAGCAGAGACUGUUGCCCAGAGUCAGAUGAAGAACAAGCAACAUGCAAAGAUGGUGUCAGCACUCAGUCCACGAAAUCAGAUCUUGAUUUAUCCGAAAAGAGAAAAUCAAUCUCCAGAACAAUCCAAAUGAAACAUCAAAAUAUACAGAGAAUAAAGGCAAGCAUUUCCGAGUCAAGGAAGACAAGAACACGCAUUCAAUCAGAAAUACGAUGUGUCAGCGAUACAAUUAUCAGUCAGUUCAGACAGAAAGAGAAACAGUUAAUGGACGGACUUGAGGGAGUCUCUGAGAAGCAGUUUGAGCUGCUAUCUGAUGAUGUGAGGCAAAAUGAAACAGACAUCCAAUCGAUCAAUCAAAACAAUCUUGUUCUCAAGACGAUGCUCGGCAACAACGACUGGAUGGAACUAUACCCUGCUCAUCAAAAGCUUCUGUCAGGACAGAAAGAGGAUGAAGACAAGUUUGUGCGUCUUAUACACGAUGUCUCCGUCUCACAAGACUCUGAAAAUGUCAAGAAGGUUUUUGAUGACCUUUCAUUUGGUCGGCUAGAUCUUACAUUCCAGGAUUUACAUGACCGCUCGUGUCGUCCUAAGCUUCUAAGUACCACUAAUGUUGCCUUAAAGAAAGACUUCAGACAGACUGGCUACGCAUUUGAUAUCAUCGUCCUCGAUGUGGAAGGAAUCAGGACAAUUGUUGUAUCCGACUGUCUCAAUAGAUCUGUCAAAUCCUUCUACACCAAGAAUAACGAAUCGUGUCAUAGCGAAUAUGGUGUGGCCACGCCUUAUGAUUUGACACAGCUGGGGCACAACCAAGUGAUGGUGUCUGCCCAUGAAACCUUCAGAAUAUUGAUACUGGCUGUCACACCUGACCUCAUUUGCCUCUCUGAAAUCGAAAGCAUGUAUCGUUACGUAGGCCUACGUGGGUUAACUCCUUCCACGCUAGUAGGUUGCAGGUAUGACACUGGUACCGUUGAUAUCCUGGAUAGGAAGGAGAAGGAAAUAAAUAUAGUCAAAACCUUCCCGUCUCCAUUCGAACGUGACAAAGGUGGCUAUCAUAGGUUGUGUGUUGCCAGUAAUGGAAACAUCCUCCUAGCCAACUGGAAGAGGAAGUCUCUUGUAUGCAUGACACAACAGGGUGAUUUAUUGUGGGACCAGAGCCCCGCUGAGGACGGCGCAUUCAUCAAACCAGUCGCUGUGAAGACUACCCGAACUGGAGACAUCCUCCUGGCAGACGGUGAAGCCAACAGGGUGAUACAGCUGACAGAGUCUGGGCAGUAUGUCAAGGACGUUCUUGUGCCAGAGGAUGGACUGGCUUCUCUCACUGCAUUGCAUCUUUACAAUGAGAGACACCUAUUUGUCGGUGUUGAUGGGAAAGUGAAGGAGUAUCUUUUGCCUUAAAAGACUAAAACGUGAACCCACAAUAUAUACGGGGCGGUCUGGCGGUAGUGGUUAAAGUGUUCGCUCGUCACGCCGAAGACCCGGGUUCGAAUCCCGACAUGGGUACAAUGCGUGAAGCCCAUUUCUGGUGUCACCCGCCGUGAUAUUGCUGGAAUAUUGCUAAAAGCGGCGUAAAACCAAUCUCACUCACUCACAAUAUAUACUGACACACAAUGUAGACGUUGUGAAUGUAGUUUUUGAAGCUUAUAAGUUUAUUUUCUGGUGUUCCGUUCAACAUUUGUUGAGUGAUUAACUGGUUAAUUUCUAAUCCUCGAUGGAUAUAGGUCUGGUUCUGUAAUGGUAUCGGCAUUGUGUUAAAUUCCCUUUUGCAUAUACCAAGUAUCCACAGUUCCACAAAGUAAUCCUGGCAAUCGAUUGUUGCUUUAACAGGCCACUAUUUCAUUAUAUUUGAUUGAUGAUUUUCUUUCCAGAAUUGUAUUUUAGCGUCAACCCUUAGGGCAGGAGGUUAUCACAUCGAUGCUUGAGCGCUCCUCAUCGUGUGCUUGUCGACUCAUUGUGUUUUUGUUGUUUAUUGUAUAUACAUGUGAUAAAUAAAAUUUG